GGUAACCUGAGAAGAAGCAAACGGGGAAGAGAUGGACGAGAAGAGCGUGAUUGUCGCCGAGGACGGCCCUUCUGCUGCGGCAUCGCAACUCUCUGCUGUCCUCUUCGAUCAAAUGCAGCAAGCACAAGCAGCAUAUGACAACAUGCUCAAGAUGAUCAGUGAGAUAGAUAGAAGCUCUUCUGAGAUAACGGAGGAAGUGGGCAAAUGCAAGGAGUGGGCAAUUGAGAGGAAGAAGAUGGUGGAGGAAGAGAAGGAGCGUUUCCGGGUAGCUGCUCUUAGUGCCUUGGAUCUCCUCAACACAAGCGGCCCCUGAUGGCACCACCAGGUUCUGCCCCUCUACUCUGCACAAGAAAGAUGAUAUACCUAAAAACUUCUUGAAAGUCGCAGGUCGUACAGAACAUAGUUGGUCGUAGCUUUUGUUCAAGCUUUGCCAUGUGCAGUUCCCUUGGCCAAUUAAGCACAGCUAAAGCAGAAAGUCUCUUUCUCUC